GUCAUGGACAAAGUCACUUUGCAAUUCACACUCAACUUGCCACCCCAACCACCAUCUUGUCAUGGCGUCGUCGUCCCCCACAUCAUCGUCGUCGUCGUCGUCGUGCUCGUCUGAACAUGGCUCCGAGUCGGGUAGCCAGCUCGACUACCGCAAGGCGUACUACGCCAAGAACAAGGACAAGGAGAUCGCUCGCAUGAAGGUGUAUUACGAAACCCACAAGGAAAAACUCAGUGCGUACGGCAAGGAGUACUACAAGCGCAACCGCGAAACCGAGCUGCACCGGUUCAAAGCGUAUCGGGAAAAGAACUUGGGUCGUGACUUGGAGCGCAAAAAACUAUGGUACGCACGCAACAGGGACAAAAUCCUCGCCUACGCCAAGGCGUACGACCUCAAGAACCGCGACAAGCGCAAUGCAUACCAGCGCGAACGCCGUCGCCGCAUGAAAGAAGCGGCCAAGGGCGCCACCGCAGAGGUAGCAGCCUCCACGGCAGAGCCGUCCAUGAAGAUUGAGCCUGUCCAGCACCCUGAAAGUGCAGACGACCACGAGCUAACUCGUCGCAUGAAGCAAGCCAGCCUAGCCCCCCAGUUGAAGUUGUCGUUUCUGCUCAACCCGACCGAGUAGAAAGCCCAUGGUAGUUCGUGUUGUUGUAGAAGCCUAUUUUAUUAUUGCAAGCCUAAUUAAUAUAGACAUGCCGCUUGGUUGAACGCA